CUAGAGAAACACAUCGGGAGUGAUUCGGCGGAGUGAAACUGAUCCCUCUAUGAUAAACUGGCUGUAGGAUUGUGCACCGGACAUGCCGAGGGAAGAUCGUCACCACACUGGACAGACGCUAUUGUGGAUGCUUGUGACAGUGUCAGAGUCUUGCAACGUUUCGAGAAAUCAAGGGAAGAGUUGUAACACUACCAAGGUAAAACCCACACCAUUGCUCUGGCGGGUGGGUAGCGUCCGUUCCUUUGAUACAGUUCUGGUUGUGGAAGCCCACAGCUGACCAAACAUGUGGAUCAACCCUAUUGCCAUAGCAGCCUUUGUCCUGACCGUGGUGGCCACUCUGCUGGUGGACCUCGCCAUGUUUCUGCCCUACUGGUGGCGCGUCACGAGUGACCGAGGAACGUACAUCAACUACGGCCUGUGGACAAAGUCCCAGUGUGACGAGGAUGGGAGUUGCGUACUGUCAGUCACGUACCAGAUUGAGGGCGGGAAAGAGUUUCUUUUCAUCAGCAAAAUAUUCAUGACAUUUGCCGUGGUGCUGACGCAGGUCGCCUUAAUCCUCCACAUAAUCUAUGUUCCCAUUCGGAAGGUGGUGGUCAGAUCAAUCGCAAUCUACUGUCUGGGAGCUGCAGGUCUGUUUGUCCUCCUUGCCUUCACCAUCUUCCUGGGCAAGCAUCAGCUGCUUGUGGAGAGAAGCAAGGAAUUCGUGGUGGGUUGGUCAAUCUGUCCGGCGGUCCUGGGGUGUGUGGUCUCCCUUGUGGCUUCAGGUCUCACAGCACUGGCGUCCAUCAAGAAGGCCAAACGUCACGAGGACGAGGAGAGAUUAGCCGGAGUUGUUUAGUGGUCCAGUGGACAAGUCGUUACUUCGUCGUUACUUCAUUGUUACUUCGUCGUUACUUCAUCGUUACUUCGUUGUUACUUCAUCAUUACUUCUUCAUUACUACGUCAUUACUUCGUUGUUACUUCGUCGUUACUUCGUCGUUACUUCGUAGUUAAUUCGUCGUUAAUGCGUCAUUACUUCUUCGUUACUUCAUCAUAACUUCGUCGUUACUACGUCAUUACUUCGUCGUUACUUCAACGUUAAUUCGUCGUUACUUCAUCGUUAAUUCGUCGUUACUUCGUCAUUACUUCUUCGUUAAUACGUCAUUACUUUGUCGUUACUUCGUUGUUACUUCAUCAUUACUUCUUCGUUACUACGUCAUUACUUCGUUGUUACUUCGUCGCUACUUCGUUGUUACUUCGUUGUUACUUCGUCAUUACUUCUUCGUUACUACGUCAUUACUUCGUCGUUACUUCCUUUACUGGACCAGUGGACAAGUCGUUACUUCGUCGUUUAUGACAAUAUGUUUGGGUGAACAGCGGACAGUUCGCUACUUCGUUUACUGGACCAGUGGACAAGUCGUUAUCUCGUCGUUUAUGACAAUAUGUUUGGGUGAACAGCGGACAGGUCGCUACUUCGUUGUUUAUGACAAUAUGUUUAGUGGAACAGUGGACAGGUCGCUACUUCGUUGUUUAUGACAAUAUGUUUAGUGGAACAGUGGACAGGUCGCUACUUCGUUGUUUAUGACAAUAUGUUUAGUGGGACAGUGGACAAUUCGUUACUUCGUUGUUUAUGACAAUAUGUUUAGUGGAACAGUGGACAAUUCGUUACUUCGUUGUUUAUGACAAUAUGUUUAGUGGAACAGUGGACAGGUCGUUACUUCGUUGUUUAUGACAAUAUGUUUAGUGGAACAGUUGACAGGUCGUUACUUCGUUGUUUAUGACAAUAUGUUUAGUGGAACAGUUGACAGGUCGUUACUUCGUUGUUUAUGACAAUAUGUUUAGCCAACAGUGGACAGGUCGCUACUUCCUGGUUUGUGGCAAUAUGUGUAAUGAACCAGUGGAUAGAUCGUUACUUCGGUGUUUAUGGUGAUACCCAGUGUAAAUAUGUAUGUCUCAUGAACAACUCACAGGCAAUCAAAAGUCAAUGUUUCAAUAAGCUCGCCUGGAGACCACUUUGGUCUAAUCUUGUGUUAUAUAACUGAUGUAUAAUAUUCAUCAUGCCUUUGAUUGUGUGUCUUACAUACCCCUAAUGUUCUCUAAUCAUAUACCAGUAAUGUCCAGUAAGUACAUAUGUUCUAAUGACCUUGUUAAGUAUAAACCCUACUGUCCUAUCAAGUAUAUAUCCCUCAUUACCCUGUCACGUACAUACCCCUAGUGUAUCAAUGUUUAACACUGGACAAAUGACGUCUAAAGCUGCAUCUCAAUAUGACACUUGAGUUAUUCCUUUCAAUGAAGUUCAAAUGGUGUAUCGUCAAAUUAACAUUUUCUGGAAA